AUGUUGUCAUCAAGAAUCAAUUCGAAUAAUGGUCAUGACGAAGAUGAGCCAGCCAUGCCGAGUGGUUAUGAAUCGCGGUCAAGAUUAGCAUCACGCACUGUACCUUCGACAAAUUUUUCUCUACCACGACCUAUCAUACCUCUUAUGAUUCGACCAACUCGACAACCUCCUAUAAUACCUUCAAUGAUGGCAUCGCAACCACAAUUAUCUUUCAGACCAACCAUUUCUCCGGUAAGGCGUCGUAAACGUAGACAAAGAUCAAUUACACCAGAGAUUGUCAUUGAACGACGACAUCGUCAUCAUCAAUCAUCGGGAAGACAUCGAAUAAUUACGAUUCCACUCGAUUAUCAGCCAACACUUGGUUUACGUGGACCUCAACAACGUGUGUUGGAAAUUGAACGUGUACGAUGUCGUCGUCAUCGAAAACGUCAUUCAUCAUGCUAUGAAAUUGAAUAUGAUGAUUCACCACCAUCAUUAUCACAACCACAACCAAACAUCAUAAUCGCCAAUCCAAUACCUAAUCCAUGCUCACCACCAGCUCAAUCAUCAUUCAUAACAUAUGCUAAUAAUACUGUUGAUCCAUUAGCAUUAUUUUCAAAUCUAACUGCAGACAUAAUUGAAAAUUUACCAAAACAAGUGGUUUAUUUACCAACUAUGAAUUUUCUAGGUAGUCAAGUUAAUGCUAGUACAGAAUUUGAUACGGUUGUAUUUCCUACCGAAAUAAUCAAUCCUAUUGAUGGAACUCUAUCGAUUAUUCAAUCCAAUUCUACAAUAAAUGCUAGUGAAACUACAAAUAUUCAACCUACAAUUCCAGCUCCUGCAGAACCACAAUUAAACAAUAUACCAACAAAUAUCAGACCACCAAUGGCACCAUUAACAAUGACAUCAGGUCCAUUUAUGCAACAAGUUCAAGAUUUUUUACAACGACUUACUCUUUCACAACCACAACCAACAUCACUACCUUCCAAUAAUACUAUAAUCGAACCAUCACUACCUCUUACAUCACAAUAUAAUACAGCAACUAAUGAAUAUUACAAUCUACAAACUAUUCCUCAGAUCAAUACAAGAAAUACAGAACCAUACCCAUCAGCAAAUAUUCGACCGACAAAUACACCAAAUAGUGGUUCAUAUAAUUCAACAACUUUUAGACCGUCCAAUAUUAUGACUCAUCGUUCAGCUAGUAAUGGACCAUCUAGUCCAGCAAACAUAACAUCUUAUCCUCCAGCAAAUAUUACAUCGUAUCGUCCACUUAAUAUUACACCAUCAAGCCGAGCAAAUAGAACACCUUAUCAUCCAGUUACAAUUACAUCAUCUAGUUUAGCAAAUAUAGCACCUUAUCCUUCAGCAAAUAUUACACCGUAUCAUCCAGCUAAGAUUACACCAUCAAGUGAAACAAAUAUAACACCUUAUCAUCCAGUUACUACUACAUCAUCUAGUCCAGUAAAUAUUACACCAUAUAGGCCAGCGAAUAUUACACCUUAUCAUUCAGUCAAUUCUACAUCAUCAAAUCUGAAAUAUCCGCAGCCAUAUGAUCCCGCUAGUAUUUUACCUUCUACUACGUCAAAUACUGGCCCAUACCGUCGAGCAAAUAUAACACCUUAUCAUCCGAUUACUACUACACCAUCUAGUCCAGUAAAUAUUGCACCUUAUUAUUCAGUUAAUUCUACAUUUUCGAAUCCGAAAAAUGAACAACCAUAUGAUCCGGCCAGUAUUCCACCUUCUAUGACGUCAAAUACUAGCCCGUAUCGUCAAGCAAAUAGAACACCUUAUAAUACCAUGCAUAGUCGUUCUGGUGGUAGUUCUAUAUUGCCACUUUCUAUUCCAUCUGGAUCAACUCCUUAUAUCUCACAUUCAUCUUUAAUUUCUUCUAAUUUUUUUACCACUGAUCCAUUGGGUAUUAAUAAUACUCCGAUGAAUAAACCAUAUUCAUCACGAUCAUCGUCGCAAACUCCUCAUCGAUCGACGAACAUAAUGCCAAGAUCAAUUCUUCGUAAUACAACAUCUAAUACUCUCUCAAAUACUACUUCUACUCAUUUAACUCUGCCAAGUGUUUUGUCUCCGAAUGAUAUUGUUCGUAAGACGACAACAUUUGCUUAA